AUGGCCAGCACAGCCAAAGGCAUGUCGAAGCGCGACCGUCUCCGAACACUGCUGGGUAUCACCCCCAGGCCCACAGUUGUCCCGAAUUCAGCUGCGGUGACCCAAGUGCAAACACCUAGCACAAUUCCAUCAAUCCAAAGCUCGCCAACGAAGGACCCAAAAUCUUCAAAACAGGUGUCACACAACCGUGCUCUGGAGCGAGCGAUAAGCAGGGAGCUUGAAAGCUUGCCGGCUGUUGAGAAAGAAGCCUUUCGCAAAGCUUCCAAGGAUCUGACAGAUGAAAACAUUCUCUUGAAGGUCAAAGAAUGGGACGACGCUCAUAAGGCAGAGUCAUGUUUCCGACCUAAAGCAGAAACUCUCUCAAGAUUUCUUGGACUCCUUGAUCGAUUCAUGGCUGGCGUCACUAUUGGCAUACAGGCCAACCCUGAUAUCUCUGCAAUUGUGGUUGGCGGCGUGCGGGUCGUGAUCGACCAAGCAGUCAAGUUCGUCGGAUUUUUCGAUAAACUGUCGGACAUGCUCUGUCGGUUUAGCGACUUUCUCGAAACUCUACAUGAAUACGACAACUCUUCUGCACGGAACACCACCAUAGUCGAAACGCUUGCAAAUGUGUAUGGAGACCUCCUCCAGUUCUGCAAACAUGCUCAUGCUGUGUUUACUUACCAAGGGGUGCGAAGAAGAAUGACGUCUUGGAGGACAUUCUGGCAUAUCCAAUGGCUGCCAUUUGAAGAGGAGUUCAGCAAGAUCGAAUCACGUAUGCAACAUCACAUUCAAGUACUCAGCAAUGCUGCUCAAGCUGUAACAUUAAACGCUACGCUGGAUCUAAAUGAUCAAGAAAGGGAAAGACGCGAGAAAGACAGAGUUGCGGAACGAGAAAGCUUUUUGAAUUGGAUCUCGAGUAUCCCAUUUGAGACGGUUCACGAAAAUAUACAUGCAAAGAAGCAUCCACAGACCGGUGAAUGGCUAGUACAAACAAGACGAUUCCAGGAUUGGUUUCAUAGUCCAGCUUCAACCUUGUUAUGGUGUCAUGGAAACCCUGGAGCUGGUAAAUCCGUUUUAGCAUCCAAUGUGCUCGAGCAUAUCACUAGCCACCACAGCCCACACCGUGAAGUUGGCAUUUGCUUCUCAUACUACAGUUAUCAGUCUUCCGAGAUGGCGGAUUUGAGCCAAAUCAUCUCCGCCCUUGUUAAGCAGCUUUGUCGGAAAAGAGACAAUGUGCCUACCACCUUCCUCAGAGCCAAGCAAGACUCUCUUCCGCCAUCUAGUUUGGGCAACCAGAGCUCCUUUCUUACAGUUGCACAAGACUUCACAGAAGUCUUUUUGCUGAUAGAUGGGCUUGACGAAUGCCCUGAAGACAAGAGAUCUCAUGUUCUGGGUUUCCUAAAAUUUGUUCUAGAGAACCUACCGCGUCAGAAGAUCUUCGUCACAAGUCGCCGUGAAAGCGAUAUAGUAAGGGCCUUUGACCAGCUUGGAGCACCAAAGAUUGAAAUUGAAGCAAAAAGCGUUGUAGCAGAUAUAACCAAGUACGUUACAGAUGAGAUCAAGCGAUUACGUCAAGGUUACGACGGGAAGAAGCUCUAUGUGAAGAGCAAGACUCUGGAGCAAAAGAUCAUCGACACUCUAACAACGAAGGCUGAUGGCAUGUUUCUCUGGACAAGCCUGCAGAUUGCUAACCUAUGUCGAGUCAGCGAGUCGCAGAAGGAUAGCGAGCUAGAAAAAGAACUAAACACUCUGCCACUAGGUCUGAAUGCAACCUAUAUUCGCGCCCUGGAACAAAUCGAGAAGCAGCCUUCAAACCUAAAAGAGCUUGCCUACAAAUGCUUUAUGUUGGUUAUGCAUGCCACCCGAGAAUUUUCCAUAAGGGAGUUGCAACAUGCUCUUUCGACAGACACCGAGAAGCUCCACAACGACACACAAGAAAUGGAACCUUACCCAGUUGAUACUAUACUUGGGGCAUGCGCCAAUUUACUUGUAAAACGCGAUUGUCCCGUGAGUGUGUAUUAUAAUACCAUUCGUCCUGUGCAUUUUUCAGUGCAGGAGUUUAUCCAAAAUCCUCCUGAAAGUGUACUCCAAAGAUUUUCUCUUAGAAAGCUUAGUGAUGUACCUUAUAUCAACGCGCAGCUUGCUUCCACCUGUCUCUCCUAUCUUCAGUCCUGCAUAUUGGAGGGCCCUUGCUCAAAUGCCAGGCAACUUGAGGAACGCACCGUUUCGAUCCCGUUUGCGUGGUACGCUUCAUGUGCAUUCGACUAUCACAUCACGAAGUGUGGGGAUCUUCCUGAUGAGCUUCAUCGUCGAGUACUGGCAUUUCUUGGACAGGAACAAUGGUUUCUAUCCGCUGUCCUACAGCUGAGAACGGUUGGGAGCGUGCCUGGCUACUCACACAUUCCCACAGCAUACAUAGAUUUCACCCAGCCUUAUUGCACAGCAGAUGGUAACACCCUUGUAUGUGAAACAGAGCUUUACAAUCUACCAAGCUUGCGAUACCAGUUGGGAGACCUCAGACCAGCUCCAUUUGCCCUGCAUCGCGCUUGCUUCGCUGGUCUGGGUGGUGUUGUUUCACGAAUUCUAUCAGACGGGCAGAAGGUGAACGAAGCAGAUGCAGUUGGCAUCUGCCCGAUAUAUUAUGCAGCAAGUCGAGGACAUACACAUAUCCUUACAAUGCUACUGGACAACGGUGCUGAUGUCAAUGUGCAGGGUGGUAGAUAUGGCACAGCACUACAGGUAGCUUCCUGCAAUGGCUACGAGCAUAUUGUUCAACAACUUCUCAAUCAUAGAGUCAAUAGCAAUAUGCACGGUAGAGAUCAUGGUGAUGUUCAUCCAGAAAUAUCCUUGCAUGAUGGCUUAAAUGGUUUGGGCGCCAGUUUCUCUGAUAAAGUUGAUGUUAAUGCAAAUUGUGGAUGUUGUGGUACCGCACUACAGGCAGCUGCAGCUGGGGGUCACCUGAACAUUGUCAGAUUGCUACUCAAGUAUAACGCUCACGUCAAUCUAGAAGGUGGACACCAUAGCUUCGCCUUACACGCAGCUUCAUACGGAGGUUAUCAAGAUGUUGUUGAACUGCUGCUUAAUAGAGGUGCCAACAUCAACGCGGAAGGUGGACACUAUGGCUUCGCCUUACACGCAGCUUCAUGCGGAGGUUAUAAAGAUAUCGUUAAACUGCUGCUUGAUAGAGGUGCCAACAUUAAUGCGGAAGGUGGACACUAUGGCUUUGCCUUAGACGCAGCUUCAUGCGGAGGUCAUCAAGAUGUUGUUGAACUGCUGCUUGAUAGAGGUGCCAACAUCAACGCGGAAGGUGGACACCAUGGCUUCGCCUUACACGCAGCUUCAUACGAAGGUUAUCAAGAUGUUGUUAAACUGCUGCUUGAUAGAGGUGCCAACAUCAACGCGGAAGGUGGACACUAUGGCUUCGCCUUACGCGCAGCUUUAUACGGAGGUUAUCGAGAUGUUGUUGAACUGCUGCUUGAUAGAGGUGCCAACAUUCAUGCGGAAGGUGGACACUAUGGCUUCGCCUUACACGCAGCUUCAUACGGAGGUCAUAAAGAUAUCGUUGAAUUACUGCUUGAUAGAGGUGCUGAUAUUGAUGGCCAAAAUGAUAGCGGUCAAACUGCUUUGCAUAUGGCGGUGAUAGGAUUGUGGGAGGAUGGUGGCGAAGCAUCUGUUGAGCUGGUACUUCUCAAGGGUGCUAACGUCGAUGCUCGCGAUAAUUAUGGCGAGACUCCGUUGCAUAAAGCAUCUACACGAGGAGAGCCGGAAGUGGUGGAUCUGCUACUCUCUAAAGGUGCUGACAUCCAUGCUCGCAGUAAUGACGGCAGAACUGCUUUGCAGAUGGCUUCAAAUGAAGUCUCUGAUGCUGAUGCGGCUUGGAGAAGAGAUGGAUGUGCGGCUAUCGUUAAGCUCUUGCUUUCGAAGGGGGCUGUCUAUGACGAGAACGCGUCUGGAAAAAAUGAUGUGACGGCAGCGGAAGAAGCAGAUGGAGGUGACACGGCUGAUGGACUUGAUGAGGACGAAGCUUGGACAGAUGCGUCAGAUGAAGCAGAUGGUGAGGAGGAAUUUGAGGCCAACAAAGCAAACGAGGCAGGGCUUUCCACUACGAUAAUCGCAGCUUGA